AUGAAAUCUAGAAAUCAUCAUCUUGAUUUCCUUCCAAAAUUCAACAUCUCCUUACCAUGCAUUUUUAUCAUCAUCAUCAAUGUCUUCAUCAUUCAAAUAACAACCAUAGCUUCCAAUCCUGACUCCUUCCAAUCAGAUCAAUUACCUGAAGUCAAAUAUGUCCACCACCGGCAACUAUUUUCCUCAUUCCCCGCCCCCGCCGAUGCAAGUUUCAACAGCCUCAUUAUCGACCCAUCUUUCCAUUUCGAAAGUCCAAAGCUUAAAAAUGCUUACAUCGCACUACAGGCUUGGAAACGGGCCAUUAUCUCCGACCCAAAAAAAGUUACUCACAAUUGGGUCGGACCCGAUGUAUGCAACUACACUGGCGUGUUUUGUGCCCCAUCCCCGGACUGUUUCUCCCAACAAACUGUAGCCGGAAUAGAUGUUAAUCAUUACAACCUCGCCGGCCAUCUCCCAGAUGAACUUGGCUUACUAUUUGACUUGGCUCUGUUCCACGUUAACUCGAACCGGUUCUGCGGCGUGGUACCUCGGACUUUCACAAACCUCGAACUAUUAUACGAGUUAGAUCUAAGCAACAAUCGAUUCUCCGGCGAGUUCCCUUGUCAUAUAUUGAAACUUCCGGGGCUUAAUUAUUUAGACAUUCGAUUCAACGAGUUCGAAGGUAAACUUCCGAAAGAACUCUUUGAGAAGGAUAAUCUAGAUGCUAUAUUUGUAAACGACAAUAAAUUCGCGUCGAGACUGCCUGACAACAUAGGAAAUUCGCGUGUUUCGGUGAUGGUUCUGGCGAACAAUGAAUUUAGCGGGUGUGUGCCGGUGGGUAUGGGGAAGAUGUCGGAAACGUUGAACGAGAUAAUCUUGUCGAACAACAGUUUCCGGUCGUGCUUGCCGGAUGAUAUCGGGAAGUUAAAGAAUGUUACUGUGUUCGACGUGAGUGGGAAUGAAAUUAUGGGCACAUUACCGGAGAAUAUGAAAGGAAUGACGAGUAUUGAGAAGCUGAAUGUGGGUCGUAACUUUCUUUCUGGCAAUGUCACUGAGACACUGUGCUCGCUUCCUCGUUUAGAAAAAUUUAUAUACGAAUAUAAUUACUUCACUGGAGAGUCCCCUGUUUGUUUGGAACUUGCCGGUUUUGCCGACCGAAAAAACUGUCUACGUGAGAGGCCGGAUCAGAAGUCCACGAUACUAUGUAAGGGCUUCUUAUCUCGUCCGGUAAAUUGCACUGCUUUCCAAUGUAUUUCUUCUCCUCCUCUGCCUCCUCCUCCUCCUCCGCCUUUACCGCCAUGCCAGAAGACAAAACCUUCUACUCCGCCGCCACCGCCACCACCGCCACCGCCACAGUCUUCUCCACCACCGCCGCCACCGCCGCCGCCAAGGCCUUCAUUACCACCACCACCACCAUCUCCACAGAGCCCUUCAUCCCCACCUCCACCGCCUCCAUUACCAUGCAAGCAAUUACCAUCACCGCCGCCACCACAAGCAUUGCCUGGUUUCCCUCCGCCGCCGCCUAUUGAAUCACCUUGUCCGUGCUCCCCUGCAUCAAACACAUCGGAAACGAAGGAUAACCGAAUUACCCAUAUUGAUGCAUCUUUCCCACCACCACCUUUCUAA